CGGCCGCCCACGUACACGCGCCUGCGCUGAAGGUCCCGCUUCAAAGAAACGUGUCCCGUAGGCCACGCCGUCUGUUUCCAGGGCAACUAGGGCGCCUCUUCGCUAUUGCGCACUUACUCUAGGUCGGUUCCCCGCGACCCCUGCUAUGGCGGCCGGGAGCCCCAGCGUCUUCCUACUUAUGGUCAACGGGCAGGUGGAGAGCGCCCAGUUUCCUGAGUACGAUGAUCUAUACUGCAAGUACUGCUUUGUGUAUGGCCAUGACUGGGCCCCCACAGCGGGUCUGGAGGAGGGGAUCUCACAGAUCACAUCUAAGAGCCAAGAUGUGCGGCAAGCGCUGGUGUGGAACUUCCCCAUCGAUGUCACCUUUAAAAGCACCAACCCCUUUGGCUGGCCACAGAUCGUGCUCAGUGUGUACGGACCAGAUGUGUUCGGAAACGACGUGGUCCGAGGCUAUGGGGCCGUGCAUGUGCCUCUCUCGCCUGGCAGGCACAGAAGGACCAUCCCCAUGUUUGUCCCAGAGUCGACAUCUAAGCUACAGAAGUUCACAAGCUGGUUCAUGGGACGGCGGCCUGAGUACACAGACCCCAAGGUGGUGGCUCAGGGUGAAGGCCGGGAAGUGACCCGCGUCUGCUCCCAGGGCUUUGUCACUCUCCUCUUCAACGUGGUGACCAAGGACCUGAGGAAGCUGGGCUACGACACUGGGCCUCCGGACAUGCAGGGUGUCCCGGGGCCCGGCCUGCCCCAGGGCCUCCCGCAGUGAAGGUCUCCGCCCUCCACUGCCUAGUGAGGCCACCGAGCAGAUGCAGGCCGAGCAGCUCCCACGGUGCCAGGCAGUGCCACCAUCCAUCUGCCUGCCGGCAAUGCAGUUGGGGGCCGUGGGGCGGGGUGGUGUUUUUAUAAAAUAAAGUGUUGCUUGUCACAGAACGUGGGGCUGCCUCUCCCCCUCCAGCAUCCCUCGCGGUCCUGCAGGUCAGGACCAGCCUGUCUUGCACUGCUGUUGCCCAGAAGCACUCGGUGCACCAGCCAUGCUCCAUGACCACCAGCCUCCCUUGGCAACAAGAGAGUAUCCUGUUAGCAGGAGGUGGAUAGAGAGGCCCCCACCCGGCCCUCUGCCUGCCCCCCAUCUCUGCAGCCCGAGGACGGGGCUGAAAACCACUCAUCUAAGUUGCUAGAAGUGCAGCUUUCUGACUGGUCUCAGCGGGAGAGGAAGGUGAGCAAUACCUGGGACUCGGACCUGAGUUCUCUCAGCACGUAGGUCCCAUGGCACCAGCUCACUCCGCCCACAGCCCAAGCCUGGGCCUUCUUUUCUUCUCCCCACACACACCCUGGGCCUGGUAGAGACAGUGUCCCCCCACUACCCACAGCUCAGAUGAACCCUCUGGGGACAGGACACAGCUUGCCCAGUCGUCUCCCCGGCCUGCACUCCACCAGGAUUUGAAGGAAGCCGCAAAGCGCCUGCCUGCCAGCCUGGAGCCUACGGGCCUCAUCUCUCCACUUGCCCUUCCUGUCAUCUGUACUUGCUCUAAGAGACCACAGGAGAGGCCUGCUCGGCCCUGGAGCUCCGUUCUCGUGGCACUCGGAGUCUAACUGCUCAGGGGACGCUCCAUCUCCUGCCCCGACUACCUGCUCUGGAACGCGUAGUCAUCAGCAAACUUCCUGUGAUUCCAACCCUUGCUGAAGGCGCCGUGUCUGUCCUUCACCCCAGCCCUUACUGGGACCCACACAGUCCCCUGCAGCCUUCUUAGGCUCCCACACGACAUGUACUGUGAUCUUAGAAAUGGAGU